AUGGCAAGGAAACUUGCGCGAACUGGUGCGCAAGCUACCGGCCUCGACGAGAGUCCAGACACACGGCCGUCGAAGCGCAGGCGCACUGACAGCACUCUCGACGGGGCGCGCACUCACCUCAGCUCUCCUGUAAAGGCUGCUUCAGAUGUGCAACAAGGAAUUCGUGGGCCGCGACGAAGAAGCGAGCCGAAGAAGUCACAGUCGGGAAACACUCCAGCCAGCACAAGACGAGCCCCGGCGGUUGCAGAUGGAGCACAGAGAUCUGCGCGACGAGUCUCACGGAGAUUGCAAGAGGUUGCUGCCGAGCACGACGCCGAGACCGUACCCGAACACGAGGAAGACGACGACGUCGACUCUGAAGUACUGAAGCAAUCGGACGAGAAUUUGAUUGACUCUGCAUAUGGGAGUAAAGAAGACAGUCUCGUAGAAGGGGGCCCGACACAAGACGACUUGGACAGCGCACCACUACCGGCAAAGGACCCGAUAUCGCUGCAGCCAGCCCACAGCACAGCCUCUCUAGAGAUCCCAGAAACGCCUGGCAAUGAGCGUGAAGCCGUACAGACACCGAGAUCGAAGAAAUCUAGCACAAGGCGGAUCUACAGUCAGCAAAGAAAAAGUUCCCUCACCAAGAGGCCGAAUGCACCGAGAGCGGUGGCCGAUAGGGAGGAGGAGACGGACCACGCAAGGUCGUCUACUGACCAGCGACAAGCCAGGGAAGAUGUUGAGCCAACAGCAGAUGCCAUGGUCAUAUCUGAAAGCGAAGACGAGCUGCAAAGUGCAGGGACUACGCCGGUGAAGGCACCUUCAGCCCGAUCACGAAGAGCACACACACGACACUCAGACGAUCCAGAACCAAGCAGAGAGCCGACGCCGGUGCGGGCCAGCGCCGUGAAGAACACAUCAGCAGCGGUGGCCUCGCCUCGACCAAAGGGCAUACUCACUCCCUCCAAGGGUAGGCGAAAUGCUCGGCACAAAUCGGUAGUGUUCGACCCAGAUGAGCAACAGAUCAGAGCACAGCUUGGCUUCAGGGACAUCGAUGAAUCACCCAAGAAGUCGGCCAGGAGUACUAGAACAAAGGAGACUACAUCUUAUGCCGAGGCAGAAGACGACCCAGCUGUUGAAGACGAUUCCCCGGAGCCAACAAGGGAAGACGAUCCUCUACUGGACUUUGACCAGCCACUCGAUCUUCUACAGUCUCUGCAGCAUACCAAAGCCCUGCCAGCAAUUCGUUCUACUGUAGACUCACCAUCAGUAUCUUCAAUUAAGCAACAAGUCUUGUCGCAGCUUACUUCUGCAAGGCCUUGCCCGCCCGGACCACAUCUAUCGACGCAGCAGUCGACCCUCACCAAUCUUCUCCGAUCUACGAUCGCAUCUGGCGAGUCGAACUCACUGCUCAUGCUGGGGCCACGCGGGUCGGGCAAAACGUUGCUGCUUGAGCACGUUCUCAAAGAGCUCGAAGAAGAGCACUCUUCGCUCUUCCAUGUCGUCAGACUCAACGGCUUCUUCCAGACUGACGAUCGAGUGGCACUCCGCGAGAUCUGGCGGCAACUAGGACGUGAGACGCAGGAGCCCUCCUCGGAUGGUGAUGAGUCUGUGGCAGUGACGGCAGGCUUGAGUUAUGCUGAUACACUUGCCUCCCUACUCUCGCUGCUAUCUCAUCCCGACGAGAUGGAGCCUGAUCUGGAUGGAGUGGAUGCACGAAUGACAGAUGAAGCUGACGGGACAUCGUCGAAAGUGGCCAAGUCGACUAUCAUUAUACUGGAUGAAUUCGAUUUGUUUACUCUGCACCCGCGUCAGACGCUGCUGUACAAUCUAUUCGACAUCGCCCAAUCGAGGAAAGCACCAAUCGCCGUGUCACCGCUGGCUGCAUAUACACCAGUGCGGACCCUUGGGGAAAUGAACGAGGUUGUUGAGAAGGCGUUGACCGUCAGAGCGGCAGGUGACAAGGAUCGCGAGGUCGCUUCCUGGAACGACCACAUCAAGCAGUCGCUCCUGCCUUCGCCAAUCAUCGCCCAGCUGAUCUCACAAACCUUCCAUACCACGAAGUCCGUUCCCGACGUCCUCGCAGCGUUACACACCCCAAUCGCGACCCUUGCUCUACCACAAACACCAGCAUCUCAAGGAAAGGCCCGCAAAUCACAAUCUUCAGGCCUAACAACCAAGCCCUCGAUUAUUAACCCGCCCCUCCCCACUCCCUCCACCAACCCCCACCACACAAUCCUCUCCCGCGCAAUGUCCCUCCCCACCCUCCACCUGGCCCUCCUCGCGGCCCUCUCCUCUCCAUCUUACCCCUCGCCACUCCCCUCCUUCUCCACCACCUUCACCCACUACCAAUUCCUGCUGAACCGCACCAAACUCCUCGCCUCGUCCGGCCGCGCGAGUCUCGCAAGAGCGACGGGUCCGGCGGCGGGGAUGCGGGCAUGGAGUCAGAGUGUCUGUCGUGGUGCGUGGGAGGAGAUGAUUGGGGAAUGGGGCGUGCUCACGCUCCAGGGCGCAGGUGGUAGUGGGAUGCUGGUGGCGGUGGAUGAGUGGGCGGGCGUGAGGGUUGAGUUGGAUGAGGAGGAUGUCUUGUGGGUAUUGAAGCACAGGGGUGGGGAGGCAGGGGGAGGUGGAGGUGAGAUGGGUGUUUACGCUGGGUGGAUUAGGGGUGAUGUUGUGUAG